AUGAAACGAUCAAAUUAUUCCAAAGAAAAUUUGCUAAAAGCUGUUGAAGAAUAUAAAAAUGGUGCUACAUCGACUGAAGUUUCAUCGAAAUACGGUGUUCCUGGAAGUACAGUGCGUAACCACAAUUAUAAUUCAAAAAUGAGAUUCGGAGGUGGUCGUCCAACUGUACUUACAAGUCAUCAAGAACAAUACCUAGUCGAAUUAUUAAAAAAUCUUGAAUUUAUUGGUCUACGAUUGAUGAAAGUGGUUGUCAUGAAACUAGGAUCAGAAUAUGUGAAACUUGUUACCGCAUCACCUCGGAACGGAUUUACUGAAGAUAUACGAUGUGGUUGGUUCGAAAAACUCGAACUUAUUCUUCGCACAAAUAAUUUAAUAGCACGACCACAUACUAUUUAUAAUUGUGAUGAAAGUGGGUUCAGUGAUGAAACCGCUUGCGAAAUGGUUAUUGUUAGUCAUGAAACAAAACAAGCUUAUGAACAAUCUGGUGGUAGUGGGAAAAGUUUUACGACAAGUCUUACAUGUGGAAAUGCAGCUGGGGAUAUACUACCUCCAUUUAUUAUAUACACAGCAAAAAACUUGAAUCGCCAAUUGACUUUAGGUGGACCACCCGAUUCUUCAUUUGCUGUAUCUGAUUCUGGAUGGAUAACAAAACGCUUAUUUGCUGAUUGGUUUAAAUCGUUCAUUGAACAUACAAAAAAUGUAUCUAAACCAAUGCUUUUAAUUAUGGAUAAUCAUUCUUGCCAUAUCAGUAUUGAAGUUAUUGAACUUGCAAAAAAAAAUCAAAUACUUUUAUUGUUAUUACCACCAUGUUGCACUCACGCUUUGCAACCUCUCGAUACUGCCACAUUCAGUUCUGCAAAACAAUCAUGGAAACGUAUUGUAACAAAAUAUUUCUUACGAAGCGGUCUUAAAACAAUUCGGAAAAUCGAUCUAUCUGUUUUAUUUAAAGAACUUUAUUCAUCCACUUUUACACCGAAACAAGUUCUUGCUGGCUUUUCACGUGCAGGUGUAUGGCCAUUUGAUUCAAAUGCAAUGAAGGAGAAAGUAGCAAGACAACCGUUGGCAACAAAACAACUGAAUCAAUGUCCACAAACCACAAGUGACACUCCUAUUACACCACCAUCAUUUAAUAUGCACGAUCAAAAUAAAUCAACAACGCCAUUAGGUUUUAAUAAUAAUAAUGAAAAGGAAUUAAAUUAUGUUUUAAAUGAAAAUAUUUCGAUUUCAACUCGUGCAGCAACACCAAAAACUAAUCCAUUGAUUACAACAAAUCCUAAUGUAUUUCAUUCACUUGAUCAGACAAUUAACAUCAAUCGAUUACGAAGCACAAACGAAAAUUCCAAUACAUGUUCGUCGUUUGAAAAUCCAUAUGAUUCAUUCAGAUUUCCAUUAUUCAUUUCGAAUACAAGUUUGGAUUCCAUUUCUUUCAAUACUUUGGAUUUACCAACGGAUGAAUUCAAUAAUACGAUAACACCUACUGACACAAACUCCUCGUUCAUGCAAAUACCUCAAUCAAUCGACAGUUUCAAUGGAAUAUCUUUAACAGAUGUUGAUUCGAUUGAAGAUGAUGAUGGCCAACAAAUCCUUGGAUUUGAUCCAAGUACUUUGCCAAAGAUAUAUAGUCGAAAUUCUGGCUAUUCGAAUAGAUACAAAAUGGAACAAACGUCGAUAUUUAAUUUAGAAAGAGAUAAUGAAGAAAAACGAAUAUAUACCGAAUUAACAAACGUUGACACAUCAAGUUUCGUUCGUCCAUUAUAUAUGGUGCCAUCUGCUCAGCUUGAUCUUAACCAACAAAUAGCUGAUCCAUUAACAUCGAUUCAAUUAAGUCCAUCAAGUGCUGUACGUUCAAUAGUUACUGAUUUACUACAACACCAUGUAUCUCCUCCAACGUUACCAUCGAAAACAAAUAAACUUACUCGAAAAGAAGGACAAUAUGGAGAAGAAAUCACUUCGAGCAAUAGAUUGAACGAAUUAAAAGAAAAAAAUAUCCUUACCACGUACAAAAAAAACAGAAAAGUAAGUUAA